AUGUCUCAACAUGAGGCCGAUGGCCAAAUCCCUCAAUUUCCGGGGAUGAUCCUCGCCCGACAAGCCAACGAGAGCUGGCUGGCUGGUACUGCUACGGCUGGGCGGCCGAGGUCUUCACCGUAUGUGCCAUGGAUAAGACCACUCCGUGUACUCCAUCUUGGAAUCCCCCCCACGCAACUGUCCCAUGCCGCCGAAUAUGGUGCCCAGGGGUCUGGCGUACGCCAGUGUAUCAUCUACUUCCUCGGUUCGGAGAUUAAUACGGCAAGCUUUGCGUUGUAUACCUUUUCACUGAGCGUUCUGGUCCAGGCGAUUCUGAUCAUAUCCAUGUCCGGUGCCGCCGAUCAUGGCAACUAUCGCAAGAAGCUCCUAAUUCUGUUUGCUUUUGUCGGUUCGGUGGCUACCAUGUUGUUCCUUGUGGUUGUGCCUCAAGUCUAUCUCCUCGGAGGGUUCCUUGCUAUUGUGGCGAAUACCUGCUUCGGUGCGUCUUUUGUCCUUCUCAACUCGUUUCUGCCGGUUCUUGUGCGCCAUCAUCCCUCAAUUCUCGAGGGACAUCGACCACGAGAGGCUGCCAAUACAUCAAACGGGGACUUAUCUCCUCCCUUGGGUCUCGAAGCCCAACUGAGUCCCGAUGACUCUUCGCCUUUGCUUGGUGCCAACAGGGAGACCAGCGAGGCAGAGGCCACAGCUGUGACCUCACUACAGCUUAGUCUCUCCACAAGGAUCUCUUCAUUCGGAAUCGGUAUUGGCUAUGUUGGAGCAGUGUCCCUCCAAAUCAUCGCUAUUCUCGUGGUGAUGACUAUCAAACAAACAACAUUCUCUUUGCGGCUUGUUUUAUUUCUGAUUGGAUUGUGGUGGUUCAUCUUUACCAUACCUGCUGCCAUCUGGCUGCGAGCUCGGCCUGGGCCUCCACUUCUGGGCCCAGACGGAAAACCGCUUCACUCCUGGAUCGCAUACAUGAUCUAUGCCUGGAUGUCACUUGGAAAGACUGCGAUGCGCGCACGUCGCCUCAAGGAUAUCUUAAUCUUUUUAGCGGCCUGGUUUCUACUAAGUGACGGCAUUGCCACUGUCAGCGGCACCGCCGUCUUGUUUGCUAAGACUGAGUUAAACAUGAAGCCCGCAGCCCUUGGACUGAUCAACGUGGUUGUGAUGAUUGCGGGGGUAUUUGGCGCUUUCUCCUGGAGCUACUUAUCAAGCCUGCUUCAUCUUCGGGCCUCGCAAACUAUCAUUGCGUGUAUCGUUUUGUUCGAGCUGAUUCCCCUGUACGGGAUUCUAGGUUAUCUUCCAUCCGUGCAGCGUUUGGGUAUUGGUCUCCAACAACCAUGGGAGAUGUACCCGCUCGGAGCUGUGUAUGGGCUUGUCAUGGGCGGGCUAUCGUCGUAUUGCCGAAGCUUCUUUGCGGAGUUGAUCCCACCGGGAUACGAAGCGGCCUUCUAUGCUCUCUACGCGAUCACCGAUAAAGGAUCGAGCGUGUUCGGCCCCGCGAUUGUUGGCGCCAUUACGGAUCGAUACGGCGGGAUCCGACCCGCAUUUCUGUUCCUUGCCAUUUUGAUAUUCCUCCCAUUGCCUCUCAUGCUGUUGGUCGACGUGGACCGUGGCAAACGGGAUGCUCUGGCGCUGGGGGCUGAGUUAGAUCAAGUUUCCGAAGCCCCUGGGUAUGGAGCUAUUUCUACGCGGCCGGAGGAUCAGUUGAGCGUGACUUCCGCAGCUUUGUAUUGA